GCGCACAUGACAUUAUGGAGUUUGCGCCGGAACGUAACGGAUGUAACAUGUGGCUGACGGCGUUUUUCCUGGCGUCUGCCGCUAUUUUCGUACCUGCAGAAUCUGCUUGUCCGCACGAGGACUCGAGUCUGAAAAAAAUUUCUACACUUUAUGAUUCUUUUCCGAAAGAUUUAGCAAUUGUGAUAGAUGAGGACGUUCUUCUUGACGUCACUGAGCUCGACGUUCAUUCUAUCGACAUCAUAGGUGAAGGUCGCCUCGUUUUCAACCAGGGUCACGAUAUCUCUAUUAAAACACGAGGAAUCUACGUGAAAAAUUACGGACAUCUUAUAAUUGGAAGCGAAACAUGCAGACAUGAAAACGAGGUUCAUAUACAGCUUGAAG